GCUCGCGCGGUAGUGACGUCAGAUACCAGCGCCAAGCCUGCCUCGCGCGCGUUUCUGAGGCCGCUCACUCCUUCGCCGUUGUGCUGAGCUCACUGAAGAGUCGCCAUGAGCAAAGCCCACCCUCCCGAACUGAAAAAUGAAGUUAAAUGGCGGCAGGCAUGUACAAGGAAUACUGCGGGGCUUUGACCCCUUUAUGAACCUCGUGAUUGAUGAGUGUGUGGAGAUGGCGACCAGUGGGCAACAGAACAACAUCGGGAUGGUGGUCAUCCGAGGAAACAGCAUCAUCAUGUUAGAAGCCUUGGAAAGAGUCUAACCAGUGUUCAGCAGUGUGUCCACAUCCCUCCCCAAAGCGUGCUUGAUUGUGAUGUAGAACUAGGUCAUGUACAUUUUCAUAUGAAACUUUUUGCUAAAUAAACUUUUGUGAUAUCAGAA